CGCGGGGUUGGAAGACGUUGCUUCCGGAAGCGGAAGCUAGGGGGCGGCACCCUGGGGACGCGAAAUUCCUACUGCUUACAAGAUGCAGAGGGAAGAGAAGCAGCUGGAGACGUCAGUAGAUGCGCUGCUGAAUCAAGUGGCGGAUCUGAAAAGUUCCUUGGGAAGUUUUAUUUGCAAGCUGGAGAACGAGUACGACCGGCUUACCUGGCCUUCAGUCCUGGACAGCUUCGCUCUGCUUUCCGGACAGCUGAACACCCUGAACAAGGUCCUCAAGCAUGAGAAGACCCCAUUGCUCCGGAACCAGGUCAUCAUUCCUCUGGUGCUAUCCCCAGACCGAGACGAGGAGCUCACGCGGCAGACAGAGGGCCGGGUUCCUGUCUUCAGUCAUGAAGUGGUCCCUGACCACCUGAGAACCAAACCAGACCCAGAGGUCGAGGAGCAGGAAAAGCAGCUGACCACAGAUGCGGCUCGAGUCGGCACUGAUGCUGCCCAGAAGCAAAUUCAGACCUUGAAUAAAAUGUGCUCGAACCUGCUGGAGAAAAUCAGCAAAGAGGAGCGAGAAUCAGAAAGUGGAGGUCUCCGUCAGAACAAGCAGACCUUCAACCCCACAGACACCAAUGCCCUGGUGGCUGCAGUUGCCUUUGGUAAGGGUCUGUCCAACUGGAGACCUCCUGGCACCAGUGGCCCCGGCCAGCCAGGCCAGCCUGGAGCAGGGGCCCUCCUGGCUGGAGCAUCGAGCGUGCAGCAAGUUCAGAUGACAGGCACGUCCAGUCAGCAACAGAGCCCUCUGCUCAGUGGAGUACAGAUGGCCCAAGCUGGCCAGCCAGGUAAGAUGCCAAGUGGCAUCAAAACUAACAUCAAGUCAGCUUCAAUGCACCCUUACCAGCGGUAAGCUGCCCACCGACCGCAGACACUACUCCUCUGCCUCCUUAGCAGCUUGGACCGCCCUCUCCUCCGCCUGGGUCUGCUUUUGAAGUGACAGAGGUCCGUGAGCAGAGCACCUCACCGGCACACCCCAUCUCAGAGAUCAGACCUCUUUCCUGGGCCUUCUCUCUCUUUCAGGUCCCCCAGGACUCCUGACUGCUCAGGCCUCACUGUGGCUCUGGGGAGCAUCUGGGUAGCCUGUUCUGCCUAGAAGGCAGCCUUGGCCCUACAAGCUGGGCUCGGUGAACCUCAAGGCCUGUCCAGUCACUGGUCUUUGGAGCACUUCCCUUCCCUUAAGGCCCUGGAACCCUGUGAAGGCCUCCUUGGACAGAGUCAGUUAUUUUAGCUGCUAAGGGAAGUUGGGAGGGUGGGUCCCAAUCUUAGUCUGGGAGCUGAUGGAACAGGCCAGUGUGAAGAACAGCGCUGUCCCAUCAUUAAAUAGAGAAAAGCUUGCUUUCCUGCUUUCUGGGAAAGGGGCUUCCUGAGCAAGCAUCCAGGGAGGGGACAGCCUUGGGGCCUUUGGCAAACAGCUCCACCUUUGCCAUGAGAACUGUGCCCAGGGAGGGAGAGGGCUGUAGGUUCUCCCCCCACCUCUGCCUACUCUUGGGCAGUGACAGCAGGAGGGCCCAGGAGUGUGCUACGCCAGCUGCCUGGCAUCCUGCACACCAUGCUAGGCCUGCUCCAGGGGGAGGCCACAGUUCCAACUGUCUGCUCUCCAGGUCUUCCCUCCGCCUCCUUUGGCAGCCCCUUUGGGCAGGCAUCUGGUUGCUGAUACCACAGGAAUUUCUUAGGGAUCCCUCAUGUAUCCUCAAUAAAAAAGGCUUUAAAGUGA